UUCACAACCUGAACCCCCGACGUCGAAUCAAGUCGAUUGUCGAUUCAACUUCUAUUCAACGCAACACAACGCAACGCAAAGAGGCCGCGCAGCCGCAGUCGCCGCUUCAGUCGCUCGGGGAUUACACCUUGCGCUGCGUCUGCGUUUGCGCUUGCGCACUCUACCGAUAUUACGGCCACUGUGGUUUGUUAUUGUUGUCCGCCUCUCGUUUUCGGGCGGCUUAAAAAGUGAAACCACCCACGGAGGUGACCACGCCUGGUGACCCACAGAAUACUCCAACGAGGAGUUCAGAGUCGACGAGAUGCGUCAGCUGUGCGGCAGCGUUUACACCUGGAAUUGUGCCGGCGAGCUUUAUGCCAUCGAGUGUUCCCUGUGCGAGGAGCGGCCCCUGUGCGCCCUCUCCGAAUUCCCGGAGCACAUGGACGUGUGGCACUCCGAUUGGCAGGCACCCGAAGCGGAUCCCGAUGAAGCCACCUCGUCUGGAGCGAUUCCCGAGGAUGAGCUCAUGCAAGAGGUGCUGGCGGAGCAGCGAACCAAUGGCGAGGAUAAUGAACUCAAGCAGCAACUGGUGCUGCAAUUGAAUGCCAUCGAGGAGGAGGUGCUGCCAGGUGAACAAGUGGAACCCUUGGCAGAAGUGGAUGAUGGCAAAGAUCUUCUAAAAACCUCACGAAGUUUAGUUGAGUUUGGACAGACACUGGAUGAACGUCCAGAAACUAGAGAAGAACCUGCAGAGCCCCUACCAGUUCCAGAUUCUACCGUACAGGAGGUAUCGCCUGUUCCGGAGGGCCAGCGACUCACCACCCAGCAUAUGCAUCGCCUGAUCGACCUGUACCGCUUGGAGCCUCGUCUCUGGAACCAGACGCAUGAGCAGUUCCACGACAUGGAGCUGUGCCGCGACUCCUGGCGUCGGAUCACGGAUGCCUGGGGUGCCUACUGCGGCCGGACCUUCAGCGUGACAGACGUGCGGAUCCGGGUGUCUACGCUGUGCCAGCGGUUCCUCAAGCAACGGGAGCGUCUGGAGGCGGAUGGCGAAUUGGAUGACGUCGCCAAGUUCGUGCACUUUGACCAAUUGAGCUUCCUGUGCGAGCAGCAAUCGCUGCUGAAACGGCAACGUCACUACGCCCGCGAGAAUGGCCGACUCCUGGAGCUGUACGAGCAUUAUCCGGUCCUCUGGCACAAUGCCCACAAGCGUGUACGAUGCGCGGAGACCGUGCGCCGGCGGCAGGAUGCCCUGCUGGGCCUCCAGUUGGCACUGAGGCUCUCGGGGAUUAGCCUGUCGCCCGUGGUCAUCCAGCGGCGGUUGCAAUCGCUGCGCAAGCGCUAUCGCCUAGAGAAGAUCAGCUAUCUGCAAAGUGUGGUGGAGGGCAGACAGGCCGAGUUCGUAUCCGGAUUCGAGCACUACGCGGAAAUGGAGUUCCUGCACAAGCACAUCGACCCGUAUGUGUGUGCCGUGUGCGGAAAGAUCUUUGAGAACCUUGUGGGUCACCAAACCCAUGUCCAGAGCGGUUGUGAGGUGAGAAAAAUGGACAAGGAUCAGGGGGUUGUUCAUGGGAUGGAUAAAGGAUCGGAUCAGGGAGUGGAUCAGGAGCUGGAAAAACAGCUAAUGGCGGUGUUGAAUGAGGAAAAGGAGCUGGUUGAAAAGGAAACUCAACAAGCAGUUGAACUUUUGAAGGAGAAGCUUGCGAUACCCGUCAAUCCUGUCACUCAGUUAGAGCAGGUUCUGCCAGCGAAUGGAGAAAUCCCCAAAGAUUCGCAGGAUCCCGAUCCCCUUCUGCCCACCCUGGCUGAGGCCAGUGCCGCUGCUCAGCUGGAAGAUCCCGGCGAACUGGAUGCCACCUUAGAUCCCGUCGAGGAGAACCACACGGAGCAGAGAUCACGCCCUCGUUUGGGUCUGUCAGAAACGCAAGACCUUAUCCGCCUGUACCGAUCCCAUGUGUGCCUGUGGGAUCCCAAUCACCUGGACUACCAUGCCCGCAGACAACGCCGAUCGGCCUGGCAAGCCAUCACGGAGGAGCUGAACUCUAAGACGGGCCUGCGACUCUCCUGGCAGAUGUUGCACCGCAAGAUCACGGACUUUAGCAAGUACUACCGCAAGGAGCGGCAAAGGCAGAUCAUGGAGGAGGACACUUGCUCGCAGUGGAACCUAUUCGAGGAGUUUCGCUUCCUGGACGACGUACUUUCCAUCAACACCGAGAUGCAGAAGACCCUUAACCAGCGGGACAGCAAUCUCAAGAUCAUAGCCGUAUACCAGGGCUAUGCGCAGCUCUGGUGCACCGAUCAUCCGGAUUACACGAAGCGGAGGCAGCGACAGCGGCAACUGGAGUCCCUGUGCACCCGGCUGCAGGAGGAGUGCAACCUGCAGAUGACGGUGGAGCGGCUGAAGAGUCGCCUGAUCGAGUUCCGUUGCCAGUAUCGCCACUGCAAGGAGGCUCGGAUGGAGGCGCUGAAGAAAUCGGAGACGUGGACCCCCAACUACGAGUACUACGAACCGCUGCGCUUCCUCGAGCUCCACGUGGCGCCCUUCCAGUGUCCCCGGUGUCCGGCGUCCUUCAAGCGACGCACGGAUUACCUGCAACACGAGCGGAAUGUCCAUGCCGAGGUGGAAAAGUCCCUGGACGGGGAGUACUACUAUGUGAGGCGGCGCAAGAGCAGGAAAGCCAAGGAGGAGACAGAUGAGCAGCAGAAUGAGGAACUGGCAAACAUUUGUCACAUCUGUGGACUGAAGUUCUCCCUGCGGAACAGUCUUCUGGCCCAUCUGCGUCGUCACCUGGGCCAGAGAACCCACGCCUGCACCGAGUGUCCCAAGAAGUUCUUCAGCUCGACGGCCUUGCGUGGUCCACCAGAGGAGUCACACCAAGGAGCUGCCCUACGUCUGCGAGCACUGUGCCCGGGGAUUCGUGAAUGCCAGCAAGCUGAACCAGCAUGUCAAGCGGCACAAGAACCAGCGGGACUUCCCCUGCAACAGAUGCGAAAAGGCCUUCUAUACGGCCCACGAGAGGGAUCGGCAUAUGCGCGCCCAUCUGAACAUCCGGGACAAGGUGUGUCCCUACUGCUCCCGGGCCUUCGUGGUGGGCAGUGCCUACUACGCCCAUCUCAAUCUCCAUCGCAGCGAGAAACGCUACGCAUGCGCGUCCUGUGGCAAGAGGUUCGCCCAAUAUGCCGGACUCUACAAGCACCGCAGGCGAUGUCUGCCGGUUGAAGUAAUGGAGGAGUGAUCCUUGAGCCUGGCCCCUUCUUCGUGGAUGACUCUUUAACCGCGUAAAAAAAGGGGGUACAAGAAGCACUUUUCUAUUAAUUAGUAGAGGCUGAAAUAAUUAUUGCCUAUUCAGAUAUAAUAUAAAAAUAUUACUAAGUUGUUUUAAAAUACAUAUUUUGAAUAGUUAUUUCGAAUACUCAUUGAUAUUUAUAAAUACUUAUCUGUAUCCUAUCUUUUAAAAUUGUUUAAUACUUUUCAAUAUUAUAGAUAGAGAAUCUACGAUGACUGCAAUAUAAAACACAUACGUCCUGAUAUUUUAAAAUUAUUUGUACGAAAUUAGUAAUUUUAAAUUACCUUAAUUUCUGACUUUAAUAAUUUGGUCUUUAUUUAUUAUGCUUUAUUUUACUAAGUUGUAGAUAAAAUUUCAAAAUUUCGUAUUGUAAUUUGUGUUUCUAUACCCUUGCGGGUAAUAUUAUUUCAGAAAGAAGUUUUAACGAAGUAAUGGAGACAUUUCCGACAAUAUAAACUAAAUAUAUAUAUUCUUGACCAGCAUCAACUGUCGAAAGUCUGUCCCUCCAUUUUUAGUCUCACAGCUUUAAAGCUUUCUGGAUGUAAAAUUACCAAAAGUCUUUUUCUAUUGUAUGUGGUAUAAGUACUAUCCGUAUGGGGCGACUGUAUCGUAUAGCAAUCUUAUAAUUGUUUAUAAAAUUAUUACGACUAUCAACAUAACUUCGCUGUUUCCCAAUUAUAAUUCGGAAUAAUAUAGAUUUUAACGUUUUAAAAAAAUCAUUAAAAAUUUUAACAAAAUCUAUCGACCAUAUUAUAAAGCUGUUUCUAUGGCAUCAAAAAUGUAUAAUUGUCCUUGGACACGUACAUAUGUACGUAUAGAUAUAUAGUUAUUUAAUAUUUUAAAUAACUGCAAGGGUAAACAAACUACGGCUUACCGAUGUUAGCUUCCU